AUGAUGCAUGAGGAGCCCAACAUUGUUCGCCCAUCUUAUGAAGCAAGGAGCUCUUCAGAUCCUGGUGGCUCAUCGACUCCUCAAGCUGUGCACGAUGUAGCCUAUGAAUGGCUUUCCAUGUAUUUGGCUUGUGAAGGUGAUGACCAUGCACCCAGGGGCAAAGGAAUCUUGAUAGGUGCAGGGAGCCCUGAUAAAGAAGAUCCGAUGAUGCUCAAGCUCAAGGAGGAGAUCGGAAUCUUAAAUCAAAAACUUAUUGAAAAAGAUGUUUUGAUUGGAACUCUAGACUUUAGAGUUUCAGAGCUCGAUAAAUAA